AUGCGAACUCCACGCGUCAAAAACAAAGUGAACCGACCGCCACCCCUGAUCCGCAGGCCAAAGUAUUGGUGCCCACGUUUGUGCUCCGGAGCUCAUUGUUUCUGUUUAAUAACUAAUCGUGGGGCAGAAGGAGAGCUUUUCUGCAAAUACGUGAUGAGCGCUCCUGUCUCGGUUACUGCGCUCUCUGCGCCGGGCAAGGUCCUCCUGACUGGUGGAUAUCUAUGUCUUGAUCGUUCCUACACCGGGACCGUGUUCGCCCUCAACGCCCGCAUCCAUGUCAUUGUCCAACAAUUGAAGAGAGGUCACCCCCGCGGCGCCAAUGCGCCCGCCGGAGAGGCUGAAGCGGAGGAGGGGACAGUGAUAGUGCGUUCCCCGCAGUUCGUCGAUGCGAUAUGGGAAUAUGGCGUGCAGCGAUGCGAGAAUGGUGGGGGUGUCAAGGUGGUGCAGAAAGGGGACGGCAAGCGCAAUCCUUUUGUGGAGACAUCUCUGAGCUAUGCCUUGACUUACAUCAGUUACGUUGCUGAUUCCAAGGACUUUGGAUCGUUGUCUGUCACCAUUAUGGCCGACAAGGAUUAUUACUCCGAAACUGAUGCCUCGAAGGGCAAAAAGGUGAAAGGUCGCAGCGAUGACUUUGUUGACUUCGGAGUUCCUCUCUUUGAAGCUCAUAAGACCGGACUAGGCUCUUCCGCUGCACUGGUUACUGCUCUUGUCUCCGCUGUGGUCAUUCACCGCACCAUGCAGCCUGAGGAUCUCGGCGCUGCUCGCGAUAAGCUUCACAAUCUCGCUCAAGCAGCUCACUGUGCAGCUCAGGGAAAGGUCGGAUCUGGAUUUGAUGUUGCCAGCGCCAUCUACGGGUCUUGUCUCUACCGUCGCUUCUCGCCUAAGAUCCUGGAAUCCAUCGGUGAUGUGGGUUCGGAUGGGUUCGAAGAACGUCUGUUUGCCCUUGUAGAGGACUCCGACCCCAAGCAUCAAUGGGAUACCGAAUGUGUCGACUUUGGCAUGCAACUUCCCCGCGAUAUGCAGCUUGUGCUGUGUGACGUGGACUGUGGUUCUGAAACCCCCUCAAUGGUCAAGAAAGUCCUCGAGUGGAAGAAAAACAAUCCCGUCGAAGCAACUUUGCUCUUCCGCAAUCUGCAGCAGAACAACGAGAAGCUACGCCAAGAGCUUAAGCGCAUGGCCCAAACCCCCGGUCUCAAUUUCGACAACUUUAAGGGAAUCAGUGCCUUGAUUAAGCACACACGCCAUCAUAUUCAGACCUUGACCCGCCUGACCGGCGUCCCCAUUGAACCCAGCAUUCAGACUGAGCUGAUCGACAGCCUCACAAAACUUGAAGGUGUUAUCGGAGGUGUUGUCCCGGGAGCAGGAGGCUAUGACGCCAUUGCUCUUUUGAUCCAGGAUGAUCCAGCUGUGGUCGAGCGCGUGAAGGCCCACGUUGCGAACUGGACGAGCAAGGUUGAGGAUGACUUUGGAGGCAGUAUCGGCAACGUACGACUCCUAGAUGUUUAUCACGGAUCCGAGGGCGUGAGAAAUGAACUGGUAGAUCAGUAUGCUGGCUGGAUUUGGACACAGGAUUUAGCUACACAAGGCCGGUCUUGA